AUGACGAGGACUGGAACCUCUUCCUCCAAGGUGUGGGAGUCCAGCAACAUCGCUAUUCCUGAGGAUGGCGAAAGAGCGGACUCGACCGCCGCCCAAGAUUCAGGAAGGCCAAGAGGGCGCAUUCGACGUUCCAUGACAGCCUGCAACACCUGCCGCAAGCUCAAGACUCGGUGCGACCUAGACCCUCGCGGUCAUGCGUGCCAUCGUUUUCAAGACAAUGCGUCAACCUGGUCAGACGCCAACGCUGCAAUUCCGUCAAUUGAGGAGCGUCUCACUUCCCUCGAGCAUACCAUGGGAGAAAUGAUGCAUAUGAUGAGACAGAUGGUGAAUCGGUCGCCCAAGGCGUCUGGGAGCCCAGUUUCCCAGGUGGCAGGAAGCAAUAACAUAGACGAAUCCAGCUCGUGCGAUGGCGGGCCGACGUCUGCUUUUACCCUCAAACCGGCCCAGUUGAUUCGAGAUCUGCAGGCCGAGUGCUUCGGGGAAAGAGACCAGUUCACUACCGACGCUGAUCUUCUAGGCGACGUUGUCACUCAAGGAAUUGUAGAUUCGAAGUUGUCUGUGAAAUUGAUUGAAUUGUGA